CAAGUUCAAAGUCCCAAAACCGACAUAGAAACCAAAAUUGACGACCCCCACAAAUUGACCUCUCAAAUCUGCCAUGGCGGCGGCGGCGGCAUUUGCUCCUUCUCUCCUUCCGCGGCUUCAGAUCACCGCCUCCAAAGGACGACGUCUUCCACCGUCAAUCCAAAAGGCGUUUCGUCAUGUCUUGCCGCCACUCAGCUACUAUGGAACAACCGCUAAAGCAGAAUCUCAGCCGCCAUCUCUGCCGCAGCAACGGCCACCGCCGAGGUCGGUGGCCGUUCGGACGGCCUACGAGCUCCUCGGAGCUGGCCACAUGUAUUUGGAUGUCAGAACUAGCGAGGAGUUUGAUGCAGGGCAUCCCACUGGAGCUGUGAACAUUCCGUAUCUCCUCAGGAAAGGAGCAGGUACCCUGAUGAGCAAGAAUCCCAAGUUCUUGGACGACGUGUCGUCGAAGUUCGAGAAGGAAGAUGAGAUUGUUAUUGGAUGCCAGAGUGGAAGGAGGUCACUAAUGGCUGCUGCUGAUAUGCAAUCUGCUGGGUUUACUCGUGUAAUCGAUGUUGCUGGUGGCUAUAUAUCAUGGCUCGAAAAUGGGCUCCCCACAACAAUCAAAUAACUGCUGCUGCUGCUGCUGCUGCUUUUGAUUCAUUUCUACUUCAGGUACUUCGACGACAGAGAGAAACAGAAGACUAUUUGCUUCUACCAUAAGCAAUUGAUAACAUUGGUGGAUUUAAGGAUUCAGAAAGACUGCAACUUUGACAUUUCAUUGUAACAGUUUUGCAAUAGAUAAGACUCAGAUGGAAUCACGUUGCAACUUUGUCGUAACAGUUUUGCAUUAGAUUAGACACAG